AUGAUCUUGGUCUCUUCCAUGAAUGGCAAGAAUCUCGAAGCUUUCGAAGCACUCAAAUCCAACGACAUUGUUUUUGAAAUGGUCGAAGUCGGACAAUCCUUGCGGUACCACCCCAACUCGGGUGGACACCAUGUUUUCGAUCUGAACCUAGCUCUGAUUAUUGUUUCGACAUUGUUGGUCUCUCUCCGUCUGCUCACACGGAAGAUUAUAGCCUUGUGUGUCACGCUCUCGGCCCUUGAGAUGGACACGACCAACUAUGGCACCGGAGCUCAGAUCGAAGAUGUUCCCCGACCGACGCUGCUUCAGUUCUUCAAGGUCAGCUGA